UUUUUUUCAAAGGCAUUUUGCAUAUUUUUCAUGAACAAAAACCUGAAGGUGAGAGCACUACAGACAAACCCUUUCCAGCUUUUGAUUUUAUGAAUAAUGUUAAAAAUGAAAAUAAUCAACAAUCUAAAGUUUUUUUUGAUUUUAAAUUUCAAAAAAAUUUUCCAAAGGAAAAACCAAAACAUUUAAAUAAUUGUACUACUCAAGUACAAAUAAUUGAUAAAUUACUUAAUGGAACAGGCUACAAUAAAUAUAGAAUACCUGCUGAGAAUGGUGUUGAUGUUGGUAUUGAAUUUUGGAUUCAAGCAAUAACAGAAAUUAAUGAAAUUACAAACGAUUUUGAAAUGGAUAUUUAUAUUAAUGAAGUAAAUUUUGAGGAAAAAAAGAAAUUUUAAGGAGGGACCGUCGGGUAUAGGGGAAGUAGUCCA